CGAGUGCUUUGAUUAGCCGUUGUUGACUUUUGCGCAAUGGGAGCGCGUUUUCUUCCCCUUCGUCCCGUUCUUCUUCUUCCCUGGCAACGCAACGCAGCGCAAGCAAGCCACGGAACAGCAAUCUUCCCACGCAAAAACAGGCAUCCACUGCUUAUUCACACCGCUCACCGACUCACAACAACAGCAACAAUGCUCGGUCCCUCAGCCUUCCGUUCCGCCGCACGGUCCUCAACAAGAGCAGCCGCCUCCGCUGCUUCCUCAAGUAGUAGUAGUAGUGGCGCUCGGUGCUCAGCAGCAGCACCAACAGCAGGGGCGUCAGCAGCCACAGGGAGAUCGAGACCAACACCAUCCCACCCCUCUUCCGCUUCCUUCUCUUCCUCCUCCGCAUCCGCAUCUGCCUCCUCCUCCGCACACUCCUUUGCAUCCUCGGCGUCAUCCACUUCUUCCACACCGGCUGCUGGGGCGUCCCCAGCACCAUCUGGCCUGGCUACCACCGUCGGUGCCAAGUCGACAAACGGGAGUUCAGUAGGCGCAUUCUCCGCAAGAGGCAUGCACACCUUCACUUCAUGGUUGGUGGAAGACGACACGUAAGUAAAACCCCCAAAAACAAAACAACGGGCGCGGCGGCGGCGGUGCACACAAAAAACAGUUAUACUCUCCUGGUUGACACACCCGCCCACUCCCGUCUUUUCUUUCGCACCUUUGGUACAUAAGCGCUUAAGAAAUACCCUCCCUCCCUCCUUCCCUCCCCUUCUGGUCCUCCCCCCCAUUUCGCUUUCUCUUCCAUUUCGCCCAACGCUCUACGACACCCUGUUCUUGCUCCAUCAUCCCACUCGCCACAUGCACAAAACACAACCUCUCUUUUCGGAACACAUAAUGAUAUUUGUCUUAACAU